UUUUUUCUUACGUCAGAGCGUCGCAUUUAGAUAUGUAUAAUUUCUUGUCCAAGUAUGGCCGGAGCGGCUGUGGCUGGGUGGCGCAUCGCGUCGGCAUUCUCAUCAUCAAUAUGCGGUGUGUCCACAAGGCGAUAUACGUUCUUCUCGUUCGUCACCUUCAGCACUGGCAAAGCGAGGCGUCAGCGCCAGGGCUAGGAGUGUGUUCACUAGACCGCGCAAUGCAGUGCAAGUCUUCAAAUUCACUCAUGAUCCAAGCCGAUCCUUUCAUAGCACUAAGCCGCGCGCAGCCGUAACAAUAAACGAGCUGCCAUUCCCUUGAACAAGGCGAGCUCGGUACUUAAAUGAUGGCUUGAGUACUGUACCUAGAA